CAAUGAGCAGAGAUGCUUCAAACUCAUGCCAUCGGUAGCUGUCAAGAGGGGCGAGAUUGAUCCUCCACCAUAGUAAAAGGCUCUUCUCGAUAUAUUCUAUCAGCUAUCUUGGCCACAUCAACUCCGACACUGGUGGACCCCAAAUCCGAGGUAUCUCGGAGUCUUAGUAGCCUCGAUGAAUCGUUCACAGCAGCCGCUUGGUGGUCAAAUUAUAGAUUUGCAGCCUAUGCAUUCACAUCGUGCUUUAACGGGAAAAUACCGACGCAAUGGAAAAUUACAGUAUGCAUUUGCCCUAGUCCCCCCUCGUCUCCUCUCAUUUACCCUUGUUCCAUCUCAUACCUACGCAAGCUUACAUUCGGGGGAUACCGCGGGAUCAAGCUUAGAUUCCCUAAGACGUGUGGUACAUACCUUAGGUAGGUAAACUAGAUGUCCUCUAGAAUCUCAUCAAGCCAUGUACCUCGCGGCCUGGGAGUCGGGGCUUGUUCCUGCUAUACUCUUCGCCUUAUCUAGAUCGUGUGAACCAUGUAGACGAUCUAAGCUGAAGUGUGAUCAUGUCGUCCCAACCUGCGGCAGAUGUAUCAAGAGACAGUGCGCCGAUCAGUGCAUCUAUCACCCCAAUCCCCUUACUCAGGCUCGUCGAAGAGAAAAGACGAC